AACUCAAUAUGGAAUACUAAUAUCUAUUUUCAAAUUGGGAACUUUUCCAAAUAUAAUUUUCAACAAUUAUACAGUAAUUAUGGCAAAGCCGACGUUAGAUAAGAGUCUUACCAUAAAAUUGUUUGUUCUUUUCUACUAUAAAUUGAAACACAAAGUGUGACAAUAUUCUUCAUCAAUCAAUUCUAACUUUCUCUGCUUCUUCUUCUCAAAGUAAAAAAAAUAAAAUGAAGUUGUUGGUUUCAUUGGUUAUCGUCUCUAUUUUCUUGAACGGUUUCGCAACCGCUCAAACUCUCAUUGAAGAUUCUUGCAAGAAAGCUUUCGCGAAAGACCCGCAGGUGACAUACGAGUUCUGCGUCAAGUCUCUUACAGAAGAUCCACAAAGCAAAGCCGCGACUACUCUCGAAGGUUUGCUCCUAGCAUCGACGAAGAACGCUGCAGCAAAAUUUACAAACAUGAAAGGAGUCGUUCAACAAGAUAUCAAGGACAAGAGAUAUGCUGAUAUUGUGGGAUUGUUACGCUUAUGCCUCGGAUUUUAUGACGAUGCUAAUGAUGAUUUAAACACUGCUUUAAAGAACGUUCAAUCGCAUGAUUAUGAAGGCGCUAACAUUAAUCUGAGUGCCGCUCUGGAUGUAUCGGGCAAUUGCGAGGAUGCAUUCAAGGAAGACAAAAAGAAGUCUCCGAUUACUACCGAGAAUGAUAUUUUGUAUAAGAAGGUUUUGAUUCCUUUGGCUUUUACUAAUAUGUUGUGAUAAAUUUAUCAAAGUGUGUCAUAAAACAUCGAUUAAUUUUUAUUAUAGAAAUUUGAAGGCAAAGUAACUUUAUCUUAAUUGAUGGAAAUAAAAUUUAAUUCGCUUUACAUAUAUAUGAUCUCUUUUUUU